AUGGAACGCCAUCGAACAGUCACCACUCGUGCGCGCGCUACGGACGACACGGCACACUCGGACGCUGACCGUUUAUUGGGCCAUAACGACGUCGACGACGUGAACGAUACUGUGGACGACAGUGGAGUCGAGCGCUCGGCGAUUGGUCGUCCAAAAGCGAUCAGGCGCUGGGGCUCGCCGCCCCUUGAGACCGUGGCACUGACUCUUUUGUCGAAGGCGCGUCGCCUGAAUGUUGCUCCAGUGGUCGUCCACUGCUGCUGUGCGUGGCUGUUUUGUGCACUCCUGUGGAUUCGAUGGCCAGUGUACUACGACAAAGUGUACCCAUUCUUCAUCGCGCGCGUGGACGACAAACUAGAGGUCGAGCCAGUGGUCGUGUCACUUGCCGUCGUACUGCCGUUUGUCUGUGCCGGCACAGUGUAUCUCUACUGGCGGUCCGCUCCACUCGGCUUUUCAUUGGUCCGCUCGGGUCAGCAACUCAAGCUCGUCCGCUGGCUCCAGACCCAUGGCGCGAUCACGCGCUUUACCGGUAUCGACGCUGUCGACCUCGUCGCUGGCAGUGGGUUUUUCCUGCUGCAACUUAACCUCGUGCUCAGCAAGUUACUGGUGGACCACACGAAUGGCAAGUUGGCUACAUCAGGUUACCUCAAGUGCACUGCUCGUGUACUGGGAAUGAAUGGACUGUUUGCAAUGGCCACGUCCCUAUUGCUCGUGGCCCGCCAGUCGUUUUUGCACGAGUGGUGUGGUAUCUCUGCCGAACGCGCGACGCGGUACCACGUGGUCACGGGCCAAUGGGGUCUCGCCGUGUCGCUAUUGCACGGCCUGUGGUACAUUGUGUCGUGGUACAUGAGCGGCACACUGGCGCACAAGCUGCUGCCGUGUCUCCAAGACACGUGUACACUGUCACAGCAGUACACGUCGAGCCGCAACUUUUUCGGUGCAGUAGCAAUGGCCGCUCUGCUCGUUGUGGCAGUGUCGUCCCUCGCGUAUGUCCGUCGACGGCGCUUCCACCGGUUCAUUGCGCUCCAUACGGUCAAUAGCGUUGUGGUAGUAGCAACGGCGCUGCACUAUUACGCGACGUCGUUCUGGAUGGUCCCUGCACUGCUGCUGUAUGGCAGCUACCGAAGUGUCUCUGUGUUUGGACGCCAACGAGCCAGUGUCGUGUCGACCACGACCAGGAGCGCCCAAGUGUACCAGCUGGAACUGAGACGAGACGCGACCGCCGCCACGUCGGACUUUGUACCGGGUCAAUAUGUGUACAUUCAGGUGGCAGCUAUUGGUCGCGCGUGGCAUCCGUUCAGUAUCAGCUCGAGCCCCUUGCGCAAUCGCCACUCGUUUAUAGUGGAUGUGAAGGUCCAAGGGCCGUUUACCGCUCGAUUGUGGACGCUGGUGCACAGACAGCAGCUUGAGGCGGUGCACGUGGAUGGAUACUAUGGCACGGGCAUCCACUUGGCUCCGCACAUGGUGUUGAUUGCCGGAGGGAGCGGCAUGACUCCGUUCUUGAGUAUCUUGGACCACACCAAGGCGCUUGCAGAUGCCAGUGAUCGAGACGACGUGUUGACGGACACGAUGGUGGAACUGCCGCGCACGUUGUGGGUCAUCUGGACAUGUCGUGACUUGGAGUUCAUGGCAGCGUAUGCGGAGCUCUUGGAUGCCGUGAAGCGGUGUUCUCGAUGGAAGUGCAAGAUGUGGCUGCACCUCACGCAUGCUGGAAGUUGUGGACGUAUGGACGAGAGCGAAGACGACGACACUGAGCCCGACGAUGUGUCGGACGCGUCCACGCCGCGCGUCCAGCGGUUCUAUCCCACCUCGUCGAAGCCGUACGUGUUUUCAGGGCACAAUGCUGCGCUGGGGUUGCCGUUAUUUGCUGGCUCAGCGCUCGGUUGUGGACUGCUAAUGUGGUGGGUGUAUCAACUGGAAGAGCUGUCAGCCAGGUCCUUCACGAAACGUCUGAUGCUCCUCCUUGCUGGCGCGCUGGGUGCAGUACUUGGAGCAAGUUCAGCGCUGCAUCUGCAGCAACGCUGGAACGCCCGCAAGGGUGCAAAAGAGAGUGGCAGCGACAAUGACAUUGUAAUGGGAGCAAUGGAAGCUGUUGGUCUGGAUGUAACGAGCCCUGCGACGCCCGCUACGCCACGAUCUAUGCCGUCGACAGCACAGUGCUUGCUGAACCGCAGCUUUCGUAUCGAGAACGGGCGUCCAGAUUUGGGAUCCCGACUGCGUUACGUGCACGGUGAGAUCCGAGAGAACUACGGCAUGAAAGCGGAAGUGGCGCUUCUGGUAAGCGGACCGGCAGAACUGCAGCAGGAUGUGUUGCUGCAAGCACGAAAGUUCCUGCAGCCUGCAUUCGACGUGCAACAGAAGUCGUUCCUUUUGUGA